AGCAGCACCGGAUUGACAUUGAAGCUCUAAACCACUGACAGAUGCGACUUAAGAGCCAUGCGCAACCUCCUCGUCGCGGGCGCGACGGGAAAGCUAGGCCAGGCUCUGAUCCGGGCAUUGCUGCUCCCCACAACAAACCCAGAGCAGGGCUGGCAUAUUUAUGCGCUGACGAGAAAAGCAUCGAGUCCAGCUGCGCAGCGCCUGGCAGAAAAGUACCCGUCCAACCUCACGGUCGUUGAAGGCAAUCUCGAAAACCGUGAACUAAUUGGUAAAAUCUUUGAAGUUCUGAAGAAAGAUGGCGGAAUUUGGGGUGUCUUCUGCGUGUUGGCCUUUCCAGGUAUGGGUGUAGAUGCGAGUGGGGAGGAACUUCAGGGGAAGAAUCUUGCGGAUAUCUCCCUCGCAUACGGCGUCCAAACAUUGGUCUAUUCGAGCGCGAUGAGAAUGGGGCCCAAGUACGAGGACACCCUAGAGCUAUCGCACAAAGCAAAACGAAACAUCGAGAACCACUGCAUAGAGUUAGGUAAAAAGGGUUUGAAUUGGACGAUUCUCCAGCCAGGCUUCUUCCUGGAGAAUUUCGAUGGCUUGAUCGGCUCAAUUGGUGUUGCGGUGCUGAAGAAGGGUCUGAAGCCGGAGACUGAUGUUGCGUUCAUCGGAUCGGAGGAUAUUGGCAAUGUUGCAGCUGGUGUAUUUGCGAACCCGGAGAAGUACCGGCACAAGAUUCUGGCAGUUGUUGGCGACUGCUGUACCAUGAGCCAGCUUGAGGAUGCCCACAGGCGUGCAACAAGCAAACCCAUCCCCGCCAUGCCAGCGCCAUUUGCCUGGAUGAUCAUCAAGGUCAACAAAGGCACUCAGUCUCUGUAAGUCGCCUUGCUCACAUUGAGCUGAACUAUUAUGCUCGCGCAUCCGGGGAAUAUCCACUAGUUGCGGAGGAAAUAGAGUUAGCGAACCAAGCAUACAAGAUGAAGAGCUGCUACGAAUGGUUCAAGCAGGAGAAGGGAAAGGAAGCACAUAGGGCCGAAAAUUGGAAUCAAUUGUCGAUUGGGGGGUUGUUGACAGGUCGCAGGUAGAUUCUUUUCCUGAAGAGAAUCAAUCAAGAUGCCCGCAGCUGUAGCAAAUCACUUUCAAAGUUCUCUUUUUCUUCCCUACCUGGCAUUUCAUCGGAGAAAGGGACCUCCAAAGGAGUGAAAUCG